AUGUCGCUCUUUGGGGAUGAGCCCACCGACAAUGGGCCAGCUUUGGGCUCGUCGCCUCGUCGCGGAGGAGCCCGAAGCAGCGGCCUUUUCGACGACGAGCCAGCGUCCGGCCGCAAUUCCUCCAGCCUCUUCGACGACGGCAGCGGCGCCUCGUCGCCCUGGGACAUGCCCACGCCGCGCAAGCAGCAGAGCAGGGCCGAGCUGAUCCGCAACCUGCUGCCGGCUUCGGACGUGCCCGACACCUAUAUCGAGACCUUCGAUGCCGUAGUGCGUGAGGACGGUCAAGAUGGCCAGGUUACAGCUUCGGGCAUUGCCAAGCUGUUUGCCGUGGCCCGGCUUGAGGCCGAUGCUCAGGCGCGCAUCAUGUCGCUUGUAGCUCCAGGAGGAUCCGAUGUGCUAUUGUCGCGCAACGAGUUCAACGUGGUUCUGGCCCUCAUUGGCCUGGCGCAAGAAGGCGACAUUAUCAGCCUUGAUGGAGUAGAUGAGCGGCGAAGAGAUAUCCCUCGGCCCAAGCUGCCUGGACUGACCGCCGAACCGAUUAUGCCUCCUGUCGCUGAGCUUGCCGCAAAGCCGCCGCAAGUCCCGUCCAAACACGAAUCCGACCCUGAGCCCGAGUCCUACAACCCCGAGCCUCUGCCCCAGCCUCAACCUCAACCUCAGUUUCAUCCGGCAUCUCAGCCCGAACCUGAGCAUUCACAGGCCCCUGCGAGUAUCUUGAGCAGAUCGACCAUGGUUGACCCCGACGACGAUCCGUGGAACACGCCAGAUAUGCACAAGGGACAUUCUCAUCAGAAUGGAAACGAAAGCCACAAUCCAGCCAUCAAUGGACACAAUGACGGCUUCAACCGGGAUGCACCUCCAGCGUUUGAUACACGCCCCACGAACCAUUACAGUGCUCCGCCAGAGCCAAUCCGCCCUCCUAAUCGCCCACGACAAAUCUCGAGUACGUCUUUGUCCGGUCAGGGCGGAUGGGGGGCUGGAUUCUACGGCAGCUCGCCCGCCGGUGGUGGCUUUACUGAUAUACACCAACCUCAACCUCAACCGCCCAUUCCAAACAUCUUUGGAGCUCAACCUCAGCCUCCCAUCCCCAACAUCUUUGGAGCGGACGGCGCUGGAGGCCGUGUCGGAAACAAUACGGAGGAAGUCGUCGUUGUUACUCUCAUGCCUGGCAAGGAGGGCAUAUUCAUGUUUCAGCAUCACAAUUACGAAGUCACCAGCCAGCGGCGUGGGAGCAAGGUUGUUCGACGAUAUAGUGACUUUGUCUGGCUGUUGGACUGCUUGCACAAGAGGUAUCCGUUUAGAAUGUUGCCCUUAUUGCCACCCAAGAGGGUAGCCGUGAAUGGAAACCACCUAUCCAACGAUGGCGCCUUUAUCGAGAAACGACGACGAGGGCUGGGUAGGUUCCUAAAUGCCAUUGUACGACACCCAGUGUUGAGCCUAGAGCAGCUCGUCAUUAUGUUCUUGACUGUCCCUACUGAACUUGCUGUGUGGCGAAAGCAAGCAACAAUUUCUGUCCAAGAUGAAUUUACGGAUCGAGCACUGCCUCCCGGUCUGGAAGAUUCGCUACCACCAACCCUCGAAGACCUCUUUAUUCGAACGCGCAACGGAGUUCGCCGAUCUGCCGAGCUAUACAUCAACUCGUGCAACAUCAUGGACCGCCUCGUCAAGCGGACAGAGGGUGUCGCCGCUGAUCAUGCGCGGGUUGCCCUGUCGCUCAUUUCGCUCACCGAGGUCUCUGCGGAUACUUAUGCUACCGAUACGAGCGAGGUUCCGCUGCUCAACGACGGCUUGACGGCCAUGAGCAAGCAUCUGCGGACCUGCCAAAGCUUACUUGAAGACGAGAGUCGAGGCUGGGAUGAAGGUGUGCUAGAGGAUCUGAAGCGACAGCGUGAUGCUCUGGUUAGCCUUCGCGAGCUGUUUGAUCGAAGGGAGCGGCUGGACAAGGACAACAUUCCGUACUUGGAAAGGAGGAUACAGGCCAACGAGACUAAGCUGGCCAACUUGCGGUCUAAGCCAGAAGGCCUAGUUAAGCCGGGGGAGAUUGAAAAGGUGGCAGAGGCCAUCAUCAAGGACAAGGAGUCUAUAGUGCAGCAGCACAAUCGCUCCAUCUUUGUCAAGGAAGCGUUGCGCGACGAGCUCAUCGCCUUCCAGUCGACGCAAUACCACGUCAGCAGGUGGAAUCAGGACUGGGCUGGCGAGCGCGUCAAGUAUGCAGAGAUGCUGGCCGACAAUUGGCGGCGCCUGCUGGAUGCUCUAGAGGGCAUGCCGCUGGGCGAUUAG